ACAGUGCACCGGUCGGUUUCGUCACUGAAGUUUGGCCAAUCUACAAAGUUUGUUUACUGGCGAAAUCAGAGAUUGCCAAAUUAACAUUGAUUAUAAUCGUACUUGUUUGGUAACGUGCGUAGUGCAGCUGAGUUGUUUGAUGUUACGCAGCGUAUUCAACCACAAUGAGUAGCGAUACGUCAUCAGUGUCGGAGCAUCAGGGCCGCAUCACAGAGGCACAGCUCCGAAGUCGCAACUUCCAGCCCCGCGUCUCCACCCCGGACACCGACAUCACCGAGCACCCCCAACAGCCAGACAUCACCCUCUUCUGCGACAAAUGCGGCUCCUUCAUCCUAUUGCGUCUACUGCAGGAGCACCGCAAGUACCAUGGUGCCCUGGCCACACUGGAGUACAAGGAAUCACAGCGACAGCGGCCGGAGAGCGCCGAGGCCCUUCUGAAACGCCGUCAGGCAGUCCUGGCUAAAAUGACCCGGCGAGCAACCCAAGAGAACAAACCGCUGUCCAUGUCGACAUUGCAAAAGAUCAACGAUGCGUAUGAGCUACUGAAGUCAUACCUGGAAGACACUUACGAGGAUCUUAUUCAGACGCGGGAGAUGGUUUACCCAGAAUGCCAGGGACUGGCUCUGACGUGCAGCGCAAAAUGUGCCCGAGCCAUGGGCAUCUGUUCCCAUGACAACCAACGCUGGAAGCGCAGUAUGGAGGACACUCGCGUCUUUCAAGACUACUUUGGCAAUGACGAGAACAAGUGCUUCUUUGCCAUCUAUGAUGGCCACAGUGGGCGAUUCGCUGCCGACAUCACCGCCAAUGACCUUCACCACUUUCUCUUGAACGAGAUGACCAAGUUUGACCCCACGACCUCCUGCACCUGCACCCUGAACAUGGCCGAGCACAACGAUCUCAUCGGUUACAAACUGGACCGGCCAAAACCAGUCGUCCGCAAAGACAGCAUCCGGCACAUUCUCCACGAGGAGAGCCAUAACAUCAUCCAGCAGAUCAUGCACACGUGCAAGGAGAACGUGUCCAAGCUGGAAGUCAAAACCAACAACCAGCCAUCCAAGAAAGAAACCAAGUCAAAAAUCCCCAACAAACGCGAGAACGAUCCCUUUGCAGAAAAGAUGGAGUUUGCGCUCCGGAAUGCGUAUCAGCUGGUUGAUUACAUCUUGUCGUAUGGAAUUGAUGAACAGUCGCGCGUGCGCUGGAGCGGUUGCUCAGCAUUGACCUGUGUCAUCCAUAGCACAGGAGACAUGGAGGAGGACGGGAAUCAGGAGGAGGAUGAGAAUGAGAUGGAGAACGGUAAAGAGAAACAGACGGAAACAGAUGAGGAGACACAGGUCAAAGAACUGGGUGUGUUGUAUGUGGCAAAUGCAGGAAAUUCACAUGCUGUGCUGUGCCAGAACGGAAAGGCUGUGCGACUGACUCGCAAACACACUCCACAAUCCUCCCACGAGAGAGCUCGUGUCCUCAGAGCAGGGGGUUCCGUCAAGGACGGUGCCCACGGAGGACGAGUCAACGGCGUGCUGGACACGACCAGGGGGUUAGGGAACCACGGCGAUCCGUUACUGAAAGCGGCCGUGCUGGCCGAGCCCCACACGCUCAGUGUCACCAUCGACAGCCAAUCGGAAUUCCUCAUUCUGGCCUCGCAUGGCGUCUGGGAGGUCCUGUCUGAGCAAGAGGCCGUCUCAUUGGUCCAGCAGCUCAUGCCCGGCCAGGAGGUCUCCCCAAGACAGCAGCUGGCCCCCGACGAUCCCCUGAGAGAGCUGUAUGGGGUUGGGGGCUUGGAUCUGGCACCCUCGCUCGGCAUGGACGACCAGAACAUGGAUGCAGACGAUGAAGAUCAUCUGGACCAAAGCACCAAAACAGACAUGGACAAUGGUAAUGAUGUGCCAUCUGAGCAACAGAGUACACAAGGAGAAAAGGACAGUCCCCAAAUAAACGAAACAAGCAAUGUCAAAGAAAGUCCAAUUCCAAGCGUGGCACAAAUAAAACUGGAAAAUGCUUCACCAGCAUCAGACAGCGCGUCAAACCGAAAAGACACCCCCAAACUUCUAGAGCACGACCACCUCUUACCCCAUCAAACCAGGGAGGCAUGCCCAGGCAAUGCUCCACAUGACAAUGGUUACGACAACAUCAGCGAGCAGACAGAUUUUGAUAGCAUGAUCUCGGCAUUGAUGGAGAAUGACGAUGGCAACGAAGCGGACGUGGACACCCUGACAGAGCUGCACACCAUCUACGCCCAGUCUCGGCUCCUGGAGGUAGAGCAGGGACGACAGACUAAGCAUGAGAUGUACCGCAGCCUGGCCCAACAGAUGAGCGAGCGACUGGUACAGAGCGCCCUCUUGGGUGGCUCUAAGGACAACAUCACGGUCAUGGUCAUCCUAUUGCCUGGAUGCAAAUAUUGACAUCAGAAUUGGACAGACUUUUCCAGGGCUUAAAUGGGACUUGAUCUCACAACCUGCUUACUACUUGUACUUACAAAAUAUUGCGACGAUCUGAAUAACGGUCAACUUUUGAAAAACAAUAUGAUUGACUUGUCGUUCAAGAUAAGACCAGAGUGCAAUCAGUGGAAAUUUGAACAAAAGUUCGCGGUCUAAAACCAAGUUCUGAAUGU